CAGACUGCCAGUCUCGGUAAGACGCUCGUAGUGGCUGCACGGACUUAUCACGUUUGUUUUCUCGAUAAAACGAGAAACACCCACACCCACAUACACACACAUACACAUAGAAACACACGCUAGCACGCAACUCGAUCACGCGUCGGCAGUUUAAAAGCCAGACGCAUAAAGAACGAAAGGAAAAUACAAAGUGAAAGAAAGAGUGAGGAGGGAUCAAACAAGAAGGAGGAGAUGAAGAUUUAAAAAACAAAAGACGAAUAAGGCAAGAAAACUAUUAUAAUUCUUUACUGUUUCUGGAUUAUCCGCCAUAUUGUUUAAAAUUGAUGAUCGAUGGUGAAUUCGAAUUGAAGAUGAUAUUGGAUAUUUGAGAAUCAAAAAAAGUCAAGACAAAUUUGUUGAAAACGACUUUUGGUGCUUCGACUUUAAAGCUGCGUUUGUAACGUUGAUCGUAAUUCAAAUUGCACAUUGGAAACAGCUCGGGAUUGUCCGUUUAAGGUGGAAAAAGUGCGCUCACGGUUUUCGUUUAAUACCACGGGUGUUUGAAUAAAAGGAAAAAUCUUUUAACGAUGCAGAUCAGUUGCGGCAGAUUGGGAAACUCGUCUCGCUGAUUGGGAUGCCAUAAUAUUGUACUGGUGCCAGGUCAAAUUAUUCUACCACUAAUAACUCGAAGUUGACUUCGCGAUUCGUUUUUGUGAGAAUUCGUGUUUUAAACAAUUAUAGUGCUCGUUGGAUUGAAGAAUACACAGUGAAACAAAGUGAAAAUAAAUUGUGGAUAAAAAAUGUUGAUGAUUGAAUAAGAGAAGAAAAAGUAUCGAGUACAAUAAUAGCGCGGAGCAUAAAUGAAAUUGGUUUAUUGAAUCGAUACUUAAGGUACCCACCUACAUUAUAUGUGAAAUCUGCAAUAAGAAUACCAAGUGAUAAUAAUAUUCAAUAAAUUCAAGUGUCUUACAAAAUAUACAUCUAUCAAUUAAUAUUUAUUGUCACGCAGUACAUUAUCGAAACGGAAAGCGGUAAAAAAAUAUAUCUCGCGUCGUUUGUUCGAUUGUAAAAGCUUGCAGCUUUUCCGAGAUAUUUGAAAUAUUUUGCCGGUACUUUACGUCGUUCGCGUUUAUGAUUUUGCGACUAUUAUAUAUGCAGAGAUCACAUCCUCGGGAUUGUUCGUCUAUAUUCUUAUAUUUAUCUUGCAAAACCCCGUCCAAAAUCGUUGAGGAUUAAGUGAGUCGUCCUCGUCACCUCGACGGGUAGAAAUCGUAAAGACAACUGCUCGCUAGUUUAGUCGGUAAAACAGCGUGGUUCAGUCGGUAAAAAAGUUUUGUGAAAAUCCAAAAACUCGAGGAUAAAAACGUCGUAUAAUUAAUCGAUUUAAGAUAUUACACAGUGAUAUUUGAAUUGGUGAAUUUGGUUGAAUUCGCGACAGUUGUAAUCCCGCAUACUAUGAGAGGAUGAGCUGUUCCGUGAAGAUAUCCAGUUCGAAAAACUGGGGUGGUUCGCAGCGCAGGAUCAACUCCCUGUCGGAGGAAUCUCUGCCCCUGCAGAGUGCCUUGCCUAGGACUCCGCCUCGCCCCGUAAAAUCUAUCGCCGUUAAGAAGGGCGAAGACACCACCAAACUGUUGAAGUACAUCGACGACAAUGUCAUCGGCAAAAGCAGCACGUUCUUCGGACCCUUCGGACGCAGAAAAGUUGUCUACUGCGAUUACACCGCCUCUGGAAGAUCGUUGCAGUUCCUGGAGGAAUACAUCACCAAGGAAGUUCUUCCCUGCCUCGGUGACACUCGGACAUCAACGUCAAUCUGCAGUUUGCAGUCUUCUUUAUUCAGGCACGAGGCCCGAGAUAUUGUGAGGCAUGCUGUCGGUGCUAGUGAACAGGACGCUGUCCUUUUCACGGGUCAUGGAACCGCUGGCGCCCUACGCGCAUUGCUUCGGCAUCUGGAUAUGAAUAAGCCCACCGUUGUCUUCGUUGGCCCUUUCGAACACCAUGCUAACCUGCGACCUUGGAGAGAUCACGGAGUCAAGAUAAUAAGAAUUGCCGAGACCAAGGAAGGCUUCCUGGACCUGAAUGACCUGGACCGGCAACUAGCUAAGGAACGUCUCACUGGAGCUCAACUUGUCGGGUGUUUUAGUGCUGCCAGUUGCAUCACCGGCGUUCUUGCCGAUGACGUGGCGACGACUCUUCUUCUUCAUCAGCAUGGUGCAAUCAGUAUCUGGGAUUACACAUCGGCAGCUCCGUACGUACAAAUGGACAUGAAUCCUCACCUGCCCGGAGUCGGUGAGAACACGGUCCACAAAGAUGCUAUCAUAUUCACCGGUCACAAAUUCAUCGGCGGCGCUCAAACACCGGGAGUCCUGGUGACAAAGAGAACGCUUCUCAAGACUGAGUCUAGCCUCGAAGACAUGAGGGAUUCGCAUAGAUAUUUGCAAGAUCCCGAGCUGCGCGAGGAGAGCGGAACUGCCGCUGUGGUGGAGACCAUUAGAUGCGGACUCGCCAUUCAGCUGAAAGAAAAUGUUACACCACAAGCAAUCAUGGCUCGUCAGGAUAAAAUCACCAAACAAGUUUUGGCACACGUGCGCACAAUACCAGAGCUCAUACUUCUCGGUAGCAGUUCACACAACGUCAAACGACUUUCAAUCUUCUCGUUCAUGGUCCGUCAUCCCCGAGGCACGUUUCUCCAUCAUAACUUUGUUUGCGCCGUUCUCAACGACGUUUUCGGAGUCCAGGCAAGAGGCGGCUGCGCCUGCACGGGACGUUAUGCUCACGAGUUGAUGGGAAUUGACGAAAAGUUAGCCAAAGAAUACGAGGCCAUUCUGCAGCAAAAUGGCUGCAAUGAAGAAUCAAGCGUGGAGAUGCUCCGACCAGGAUUCGCCCGUCUGUCGUUUCCCUUCUUCAUGUCGGAAACCGAGGUUGCUUUCGUCCUCGAAGCGCUGAAAAUGGUUGCGACGGAAGGAUGGAAGCUUUUGCCUCAGUAUGUUCUGAAUCCGGACACAGGCGAAUGGCGCCACCAUACAAACAGCGUAUUCAAAGACCGCAAAUGGCUGGGUUCGAUAAGGUAUACAGACGGAAAGAUGAUCACAUCCGAGCGACGCGUGUCUGGACCCGGUGUAUUUCCUCAGAGUUACAGCGAUUGCCUUCAAACAGCGAGAAACAUCUUCAACAGAGCGAGGAAAAUGGCUCAGAGAUAUCCUCUGCAAAUUGACCAAAGCGUCGUCUUCACCGAACAAGGCAAAGCACUUCGAUGGUUCAUCCUGCCGAACGAAGCACAGGACCUUCUUCUCGGCAAUUCGCAAAACGUCAAGCAGGACGUUCCCUUCAAUCCGGUCACAUACAGACUCAGAUACAGCGCCUUUGAUAUACCAAACCACUCUUUGCUUUUAGCAAACGGGAUUCGCAGAUUGAACAGCGACAUUCCCAGGACCGGGAACGCCCCGAUAACAUCGAAUUCUCCGAGACAUCACAGCCUCCCAGUAUUGACCAGGCCGAUCCCACCAGUUCCUGAUCCCAAAAAGUAUUCCUUCGGGCAAACUCUGUCCUCACACUUGAGGAACACCGUGUCGCCUCCACUUAUGGCGCAGCUGUCCCUUCCGGAAUACGCGACGUCCUCGGGUGAACAAAGGUCUCCGUCGACUUGUCCAAGCUCCCCGAUGCCCGUGAGAUUCGCAGUCGGCGAGGCCGUGACUCCGGCAAUUUUGGGAACGCCUGUGGUUGCUCAGCUAAUCGCUGGUGACCAGAGUAACACGGGUAGAGCGCGAUGCAACUCUUUGGGAAGUUCGGGUACUUCUCCCCCGAUAUUGAGUCCCCAGACGAUGGCUAGUCUGGGUAUAAAUACCUCGAGACACCGACACUGCAGCUGCAGUAGUCAAACGGAAUUGAACUCAUUAGAGUAUGAGAAUGGGAGUCCGACCCACUCCUUGACCAACGCUAACUCCUACAGUAACUGUGACAUGAGGGUUGGUAGGUCCUCACCGGUCUCUAACCUUUCGCAGAGUUCGGAAGAUCUUCACGCUUAUUUGAAGGAAGUUACGAAGGAAUUAGCAACGGAAAUAAAAUCGGAAAUACGCGAGGUGAUAUCUCAGGUCGACGACGUACUGUCGGAAACUAACACAACGGAAAACACGCCCCAGCACCACUCGCGGAUCCAUAGCCUCAACCAUUGCGAGGAAAAGCACGAUUCCUUCUCGGCGAGCGAUAUUGCUGAGUAUCUCAUGGAGUUUUCAAAGGAAAUGGCAAGCGAAGUGAAAUCGGAGAUCAGGUGUAUGGUGAACGCUGUCGACGGUCUUCACAGGUUCUCACCCGACACCUCAUCCUCUGACAAAUCAUCGAAUGGAUGUGGUUCACCCGAAAGAGUUUUACCGAAGGCCGGAACGAUUGGUAAGCUGAGUGAACUUUCUCAGGAGAGUAAAAUGUCGAGCGAGUGUUCGUCAGACGAGACUGUGAUCUACGUCAUCAAGCAGGAUGCUGGCGGUAAAACUGACGACGAGGACCGUAGUGGGGUCGAAAUAGACUUAAAAACACUGCCGAAGAUCUACUCGGCGAUAAACUCUGUCAGUUCUCAGGACAGUGGAAUCAACCUGUCCUUCCAUGAAAACGACAAGUCAACUGAGUCCGAACUUCGGAGAAGCAGUAGCGCCGAGUCAAACUCUAACGGAUGUAGGAGACUGCGAAUAAACGGGAAAAACGCGAAGCAAAAACGGGUCAAUGAUCUUUCCGAGGACGAGGAGAUCGUUUCCGAGUGCUCGGGUCUUGAGGAAGAGGAAAGACUGAAUCCGGACAAACCCUCGGAGGAUGGAAAUCUGCAGUGGCUGUGUCCCCCAAAAAACAUCUGGAAACCUUCGGUAGAGGCGAUGCAAGAAUUUGACAUGAUCAGGGACGGAGACAAGGUUAUGAUCUGCUUAUCCGGUGGCAAGGACUCCCUGUCCCUGUUGCACACUCUGCACCAGUACCAGUUCUACGUCAGGUCCAAGGGUGUCAACUUCGAGAUAGGGGCGGCAACUGUUGACAGCAAAGCCUACGACCCCCUUCAGCUAAUGACGUACCUCAAGGCGCUGGACGUACCGUAUUUUUACGAAGAGCAACCCGCUCUUGAGGAAGAGAUUGGAAGGUCGGCGUGCAGCUUCUGCAGCAGAACGAAGAGGAACCGCUUGUACACCGUCGCUAAAGAGCACUCGUACAAUGUCCUGGCGCUCGGGCAGCACCUCGACGACCUUACGGAGGGAUUCCUCAUGUCCGUAUUUCACAACGGUAAACUCCGCACCAUGAAAGCACAUUAUUACAUCCGAGAGCGUGACCUCAGGGUUAUUCGGCCGUUCGUAUACGUCCGGGAAAAGGCUUUGAGACAGUUUGCAGAAUGCAAGAAACUCCCUGUCGUACAAGAAACGUGCGAAACUUGCGAAGACGCUCCAAAGAAGCUGGAGCGUAAUAAGCAGAUAAUAGCGCAGCAAGAACAAGUUUACCCGCGAUUAUAUUGGUCUCUGCGAUCAGCCCUCCAGCCACUGAUCGUUGCCCGAGGUUUUACCGAGGAAACAAACCAACAGAAGAGGCAUCGAAGACCAAGAACAAACUCUUUCACAGCCUCGGCGAGUAGCGCGUCUCAGCCAUUAAACGACAGCGAGACCGAAGAGGAGCCGGUAGUCUAGCGCACGUGAAAUACGACCAGAAAGGCGAAUCGGUUUACUGCUCGGAAUCUGUCUGGUAAGUUCAGGAAACAUCUUGCACGAACGACAAAGCCACCCGUUGGGCGUGAUGGUCAGGCUGCACAGUAGGUCAGCUGCGUCGAAUGCUGAGAUGUAUGUAGAUUUAAAGUCUAAUUAACACCAUACUAAUGAUGACGCGAGGGAAGAUUAUCAUUGGGAAGUGGGAAAGGAGAAGAAGAAGCUUCUUUAAAGCUUCUUUCGCGCUUUACGCAGAGGAUAAAAAUUGCAUCUAUUCUGCACGUAAAUGAACAAUUCUUUCAUUGGGAAGAGAGUUGCACUUGGAAGGGCCUUUUCGUGAUCCCAAUUUCAUUCUUGCCUUUAAACUUGUCUUUUCAGACGAUUGGUACCUACGAUUACGUACAACAGGUACUAAGAUUCGUCCUACAUUUUUAAAAUUAAAACGUAUAAUACAUAUAUGUUUUACGUUCGUUAAUUAGCAUAAUAUUAUAAUUAGUUAAAAUAAUGAAGGUAACAUUAUCGUUGACGAUUAAAUGCAGAGCGACAAUGAAAGAUUGAAAGGGUGAAGAGGUCUUUGUACUAUUACGUACAAUGUAAAUCACUUGGCUUGGUGUGUUCCGGCGUGCAAAUAAAAACGGAUAAAAAUAUCUGUUUUUUUUUCUCUAAAUUUUUCAAUCUAAUAAUUGAUUGAUUAACGGUACUUCUGAAUUUAAAGUAAAUAUUUAACUGAAUUAACCGCGGUUCGAAAUCAACGUUGGCAGCGCGAAUGUUUUUCUCUUCUUUUUUAGUGUGACGAUUAUAUCGUAAUGUAGUGAUUACCUGUUUACAAAAAGUAUAUGGAUUGAAAGAAAUGAUCGUGUUCAAAUAAACUAUUGACUUACUGUUCAUGGUGAAUAAUCAAACACAAUAUUACCUACAAUUAAACGACAAUACAACUAAGUAUAUACAUAUUACGCAGUACAUAUACGUAGUGUAUAUGUACGUAUGUAUACUAUAUUAAUUAUGUACCACACAAAAUCGAACUCAACAUAAUUUAAAACAUAUUUACUCCGCCUGAAUCAGAAAGUGAUUAUGCUGUACAGUCUCGUUGAAGAGAAUGCUUCGAAUUUUGUAAUUGAUUAUGAUUGUAAGAUUAAUUUUUAUACGUUAACAGUUCACCCAUUGGCAACUGCUAUGUGUCGGAGAUUAUCAAUUUUUACAAAAUAACGAUAUAUAUAUAUAUACUCGUAUAUAUACCGACAAGUACGAGAUACUUAUGACGUUUGUAUUUAUUUGAGGGGAUUUAGUGUCCGCAAGAUGGUAAAACUAGGUUUCGUGUAGCUGUUGUUAAUUGAUUACAUUAAACUAUUUUUAUUGAAUUUAGGAGAUUUGUCGAUAAAUCCUAAGAAAUUAAUUGACACAUUUUCGUAAAAGAACACGUGUUAUACAAUCAUUAAAUAACAACUGCAAGUCCAACUCGAUCGAUCAAAGUUAUACGUGUCGACAAACAAAAUGCUUUUUUCAAAGAAUUGUUGUUUUUUGGAACUGGAUCUCCUUAAAUAAUAACGCUCAAAGUGAGCCGUGGUAUACCAUCGAAUAUGAAUAUGACAAAUAAUAACAUAUAAUACAAAUGCUAAGGAGAUCAUGUAUCUCCAAUGCUUAUACACUUCACAUACGUCUUUUUAACAUUAUUAAGGCAAUAUAUACCUGUAAUACAUGAAGUUUCGACGAGGUCAUUUUUUGAUAUUUUCUACCGGCGUGAAAAUGCGCCUGCUAUUAUGUACUCAUAGUUAUACAUGUAGGUAUACACACGAGAAAUGACAGAAAUUGUUAAAUUGUUGAAAUGGUGAUGUUUUUGCUUUUUUUUUUUAUGCGCGCUUGAAUAUUAAUUAUCCUACUUUUUUUUUAUACCGUUUCGGAAGUAAUGGUACUAAGGUACAUGCGAUUGCCUAUGAUAAUUUGCUGUGAGUUUGUAUUGUGAAAAAAAAGGCUAAGACGAUGUCUUUUGAAAUUUAAAUUAUUACAUGUAUAUAAUACAAUAGGUAUGCAUAAUUAUAAAUGUCGUAUCUAAGGGCGUUUUAUACUUUAUAAAUUAUUAAGUGAGUUACAACUUUAAAUCAAAGUUCCCGAAAUUCGUACGGAAAUUAUUUGAAAGAAAAGAAACAAAUUUGACCUGCUUACAUAGGCCAUAAAAAAAAAAAAUAAAUAAAUAAAACAAAAGAAAAAGAUAAUAAGAAUUCUAAAACAAAAAAAUGAAACACGCAAGAGAUGAAAAACAAAAAAAAAAAAAAGAAACAGAAAAUUGGAACCAUCGUGCUCAUGUAACGCCUCUAUUAUUCGGGAUCAAGCAGAGGAAAAAAUGAUGACAGGUUUUAAACUGUAAGUAUAUCACCACCGGAAAUUGGAUUUUUAUUGGGGCAGGACCAAUUCGAUGAGUUGAAGAUAUUCCAUUAAUUCGAACGACAUAAACACUUAUAUAUAUAUAUACGCGACAGAAGCGUUCCGGUGGCAAGAAAAAGAUCUAAGACAAUUUUUAAAUGAGCCAUCUCGAACUUAGAGGGCGUCUUGAGUUAAAACUCAAAUUAAUUCGCAGUUAUAACUGCUGCUUUGCACGUAACUGGUAACGGUAAUAAAUAGCGUUCAUAAACACACGAUUCAUAGCUGUUAAUGCUAUGUAGUUAUUAUUUAUUGGGAAUUUUACCCACGUCCCUUUAUUGCAGUUUGCUGGCUUUGAUAUAUUAUAUUGGGUACAAUAGAUAUGGAAAGUGAUUUGAUAUUUCUUGCGGUCAAGAAAUAUCAUCUCACUGCCGAUAAAAGUUGCAUCAGCUACUGCUGGUUGUACGUUUUACCCACGGUUAUAUGAAUUACAAUUAAGAAAUUAAUGUGACGUUCAAAAUUUUUCACGAAUUUAGAAUACAAGAUACGCAUCACGAUGUAUUAUGUAUGUAUAGAUUUUUACCAAUUUAUUUAAUUAUAUAAAUAUAAAACUAUAUACAUACAUACACAAAGACACAAACAGAUAUAAAUGCAAUGUAUUAUAAACAUUAUUGUUAAUAUAUUCGACGAUGAUAUCUAAAUUCGUGAACAAAAUUUAUACUGUAACAGUUACCUAUAAACCCUUACAUAUUAUAUAUAACUUAUCUGUAGCUUUGAAAAUUCGAAUAAAUACACCUAAUACAUUUAACAAUAUGGAAACUACUAGUGAAAAAAUAUUAUAUUCAGUGUAGUAUGUAAUAGGAUUAUAUAAAUACACGAAGAGAAAUACUUCUUAGAUUAUGAAUCUCUGAUUCAAUGAAAUAAUUUUCAUUUGAUUUGAAAAAACUUUGCUUGAGAUAAAAAAAAGUUGUCAUUACGUCUAUCAUUUAGCAUAUUUAUGCAAAUUGAAAAAUCUUCUAUACAUUUUAUAAAACAAUGUAAUUCAAUGACGCUGUGAACCUAUUUCCUCGACACGGUUUAAGCAAAGUAUUUCAUUAAACUGAUCAAACUAUUCUCAACUUGAAAUUGUUUGCUAGUUGUUAGAUGUAAAAAAAGUAAAGAACUUUCUCACGUCAAGCAAAGUAUUUUCAAGGCAGUUAAAAGCAAAUCAUUUUAUCGAAUCAAAGAAUCACACAGUCUAACAAUUAUUUCUACCGGUGUAACGUGAAUUGUUACACCCGAACCGCGGCAUACUAUAUAACGUAACAGUACUAAGAUUUAUCCAAAUACGAUUGUCAAUCUGCAUACCUUAAACCUAUAUAUUAUACGAAAAUUAAAACCGAGGCUGGCUGCACAUCGACGGAGAACUGUAUAAUAGAACGUUAUGUAAAAUAAGUUCAGUCGUUAUAAAGACGAAACGCGAGGCGUUUAUACAUCACACCUCGCACGUAUUUUUAUUUCUACAACGAUGUGGUGCCAGCUUGAGGCUGAGAGUCAUUAAUUAAUUAAUAUGUAUAUUGAGUUACGCGGCAGCCAUAUUGAUAGGCAGAUGUAUAUGACAAACAAAUUGUAAGUUUUAAUUAAUAUUAUGUAUUCAAUACACGAUAAUGCGAAAUUAAAUUUGUUAUUCAGAUGCAAUCGCUUCACUCGUUACGUUACGUAAACGCCGACUUAAUCGAGAGUGGUUUUUUUUUUUUUUUUUUUUCACCUCAAAUCUUUAUCAUCAUAUAUUGUUAUUCUACUAUCAUUCGUACGUCACCUUUUAUUCUCUACUAGCGUGUUGUUAAUCGUUGCAGUCGCGUUUCAUGUGUCAAAUUAGUAUUUGAUCGCUUUCUUAAUAUUACAAUUAGACAACGUUGGUAAUUGUCUUCAAAAUUUCAUAAUUAGGUGGAACACGUUAUGAUGUUGGAGAAAACGAUAAAACUUUGAUAAACUCGACUCAUUCCACACACACACACACACACACACACGCACACACACACGUAUUUGUAGAUAUUAUACCUAUAUUGUAAAAUUUACACGCGCGAGGAUCUCGCAAUGAGAGCCUUAUUGACAUUUUAUCACACUUGGGUUGAAAGUUUUUUCGUUUUUUCCUGAAUUUAUUUAUUUGUAAAAUGAAAAUCUCUCUUCGGUGAAACGCAACGUGUGAAAUCACAGCAGUCACAGUCAUUGAAACAUUUUGUUGGAAGAUAAAUUCAAUUAAGAGAUAAUUAUAUAGUAUAUACAUAUAUCGAGCAUUGAUUGCGAUUGUUUGAGAUACGGUUACGUUUUCUGUUUAUCUUUUUAAGUGUCGAAUGAAUUUAUCGUAACAUAAACAGAUAUUAUUAUAUUAUCUACAAAUUAUGAUAGAUAUUAUAUAUUUUCAGAGAGUUACGACGUACAUUGUUACUGUAAAGAUAUGUAAGUUUAUUUAUCGCUAAUAAAAACGACUGUAUAAAAUUAA